AUGGUGACUACUGUUGGAAAGUUGCCCGAGUUUCAGCAAGAUGACGGCAACUUCGAGGUGUAUCUGGAGCGGUUCGAGGUAUUUGCCGCGGCAAAUGACAUCGCCGAAGACAAGAAACUUCACAUGUUUCUCACGGCUAUUGGUGAGAAGGCUUACGUGACGCUACGGAGCUUGUUGCUGCCUAAAACACCAGCUAAGACGUCAUUCACGGAAGUCGUUGACGUUCUGAAGAAACACUACGCUCCCAAGCGCUCCCUGGUCACCGAACGGUAUCGCUUUCAUCAGCGAAAGCAAGAGCCGCAUGAGACUGUCGCAGAUUUUAUAGUCGAAAUGAAGAAACGAGCUGCGACAUGUGAAUUCGGCACCUUUUUGAUCGAAGCGUUGCGGGACCGGCUUGUCGCUGGACUACGUUCCGAGGGAGUACGGUGCAGGCUAUUGGCCAUGCCAGACAAUGAAGUAACGUGGGAAUGUGCAUGCAGCGUAGCCCUGGCUAUGGAAGCGGCCACCCAAGACACGCAGGAAAUGCUGCAAACCAGUUCCAAGGGAGCACCGGUAGAAACCGAAGACAUCCACUGGCAACAGAGAGGGGCACCAUUGAGUAAAGCACCGACUCAAGCCAGCUGCGCAAGGCAAAUUGGACAGCAAAACAAGGAGCGAAAAGAAUGUGUCAUCGUUGUGGAGGACAGCAUGCAACCGUGA